AUGGCGAGUACCUUCUUAGCGGGUAAAUUGAAGAUUCACAACUGUUGCUGCGUAUCCGAACUGAUUAGCAUUCCAGAUCGUAUGAUGGAAAAGCCAAAGUAUGGUCAAUGGAUAGACGAGAGUGCGUGGCGACGCACACAGAGACAGAGAAAACAUUGUGGAGUGUACGAUGGUUGCCCAAGACCGGCAAGAACGAAGGAUUUGCGACGGCUGGAGCGAACAAGAGUAUCUGCUUCUACCGAGAAGCGACCGGUGGGUCGCAUCAAGAAUCCCCAAACCAAGAAUCAUUUUCACCUCUUCAAGAUGUACUCUAAAGCCACUUUGUCCCUCGCCGUCCUUGCUGUCGCAAGAUUGGCUCUGGCAAAUCCUUAUUGCUUGUUGACUGCUGUCAAUAAAUUUGAGCACCCGGCCGAUCAAAAGACCCUGUGCUGCAAAGAGGCAGAGAAGGUCAAGAGCUAUAUCUCGGAACUCUGCCCUUCCAACUUGAAGGAUGAAGCCGAGAAAUCUUUCGAGCAAGCAUGCAAAGAUGCCGGUCUGAGUGGCGGUGACGGCUCUGGUUUCGUUACUGCAACCGCCCCCGUCGCUACUGGUACCGCCGCGGCUCCCUCAGGUAGUGCCGGCGGCGCUGUCUCCGGCCCUGCUGCUACUGGAUCACCCAUUACUCCACCAACACCAGGUGGCACCGGAUCUUCUGGCUCACCAGGAUCAGGGUCUCAAUCCUUUACCGGAGCUGCCACCAAGAAUGUUGCCUCGGUCGCUGUUCGUCGACUGAGAAACCCUCCCACUCAAAGUCAGCGCAGAUGGCUUGCCUUCAAUGCCUCUCCACAGGAAGCCGCAAAUACAUCCGCCGAGUUACGUAUUCCUCCGUACAAGCAGAUAAACAAAAAAUUUAAGACCGUCAGGCGAGUCUUGGGCGUCAAUCAUGCCUUGACGCUGGCUGAAAAGAUCUUGUACUCCCAUCUUGAUGAUCCAGAAGAAGCUCUUCUUUCGACUACGAAUCAUGGCAAGGACAUUCGAGGCAAUGCCACCCUUAAGCUCAAGCCUGACAGAGUAGCAAUGCAAGAUGCAUCCGCCCAGAUGGCAUUGCUACAAUUUAUGUCUUGCGGUCUCCCAAGCACAGCUGUGCCGACGAGCAUACACUGCGACCACAUGAUCGUUGGCCAGAAGGGGGCCGACGUCGAUCUACCAGAGUCUAUCCAGGGCAACAAAGAGGUCUAUGAUUUCUUGGAGUCCGCAGCGAAGAAGUAUGGCAUCGAGUUCUGGCCGCCCGGGGCCGGAAUCAUCCAUCAAGCUGUCCUGGAGAAUUAUGCUUCGCCGGGGCUUAUGAUGCUUGGGACUGAUAGUCAUACCCCGAAUGCUGGCGGUCUAGGAGCAAUAGCUAUUGGGGUCGGCGGUGCUGAUGCCGUAGACGCUAUGGUCGACGCACCAUGGGAGUUGAAAUCACCAAGGAUUCUUGGUGUGGAAUUGAAAGGGGCAUUGGGCGCUUGGGCGACGCCGAAAGACAUCAUCUUGAAGCUUACCGGCAUACUCACCGUCAGAGGUGGCACAGGCUUCAUUCUCGAAUACUUUGGGAAAGGUCUCGAGGCAUUGAGCUGUACAGGAAUGGCCACCGUGUGCAACAUGGGAGCCGAGGUGGGCGCAACAACAUCUAUAUUUCCGUUGACCGGUUCAAUGCUCCAGUAUCUGAAGUCUACGAAUAGGGAGUCUAAUGCUUACGCUGCUCUUGAUGUUGAUACUAAUGGAGAUUUGCUCGCAGCUGAUGCCACGGCGGCGUAUGACGAAGUGAUCACGAUCGAUCUGUCAGAGCUUGAACCUCAUAUCAAUGGACCCUUCACACCAGACUUAUCAACUCCGCUAUCGCACUUUAAAGACGCUGUGAAAGCUAACCAGUGGCCGGACUCAUUUGGAGCAGGAUUGAUUGGAAGUUGCACCAACAGCUCAUACCAAGAUAUGACAAGAGCUGAAGAGCUUGUCAAACAGGCAUCAGACGCUGGUCUCCGGCCCAAGGCAGACUUUUUUAUCACACCAGGGAGUGAACAAGUCCGGGCAACCCUUGAUCGAGAUUCCACCCUGGACACAUUCUCUUCUGCUGGAGGCACGAUCUUGGCAAAUGCUUGUGGACCCUGCAUUGGUCAAUGGAAACGUACGGACGGUAUAUCCAAGGGUGACGGUAACGCAAUUCUUUCAUCCUAUAAUCGCAACUUCAAGGGUCGUAACGAUGGCAAUCCUCAGACGAUGAACUUCCUCGCCUCACCAGAGAUAGUUACGGCCAUGUCUUAUUCUGGGUCUACCACUUUCAAUCCCAUUACAGACACCAUACCCACUCCAUCAGGCGAACCAUUUCGCUUUUCACCGCCCAUAGGCUCCGAUCUCCCAUCACAGGGCUUUGCACAAGGCAACCCUGACUUUCAGCCUACUCCAGCUGUUCCCGCCCCGCAACAUUCAGUCGUCAUAUCCCCGACCUCCGAACGUCUCGCCGUCUUAGAACCAUUCAAUUCCUUUCCGGAAGGUGAGCUCACUAACCUUCGUAUCAUAUACAAAGUCAAAGGUCAAUGCACUACAGACACCAUUUCUGCUGCAGGCCCAUGGUUGAAAUACAAAGGUCAUCUCCCUAACAUCUCCGCAAACACGCUCAUCGGUGCUGUCAACGCUGAAACAGGGGAGACGAACGUCGCUUACGACCACUUUUCCCCACCAGACUCGGGCGGUCAGCCACCUCAAAGCGGCAUACCGCAACUGGCACAAAAGUGGAAGCAGCAAGGACACCACUGGAUGGUCGUCGCCGAAAACAACUACGGUGAGGGCAGUGCAAGAGAACACGCUGCGCUGCAGCCAAGAUACUUAGGGGGCAGAAUCGUGCUAGCGAAGAGCUUCGCGAGGAUCCAUGAGACAAAUUUGAAGAAACAGGGGAUUGUGCCCCUGACUUUUGAGACCGCGGAGGAUUAUGCAAUGUUGCAGGCGGGGGACGUGAUAAAUACGGUGGGGCUGCAUGACAUGCUAAAGGCAGGUGGGAAAGGGGAAGUGAGGUUGAAGGUCAGGAAGAGGGAGGGUGGGGAGGUUGAUCUCGGCGUGAGACAUACUAUUAGCAGAGAUCAGGCGAGUUUCAUUCUCGCGGGGAGUGCAUUGAAUCUGCUUGCGAAAAGGGGAAAGGAGAGUUGA